UCAGGUUAUGUUUUCCCUCGUAAAAUUAACACCGGCACCUCGUGCAUUCGCGUCCUGUCCAUGUGAGUGGAAAUCAUGGCCCUUGCAGCAUCAUCCUUCGGACUUUAUCUUGGAAACACAUCGUCCUGUCUCGCUAUUUACAAAGAUGAAAAUGUCGAUGUCGUGGCUAAUCAUGCGGGGGACAGAGUCACAGCUGCUGUCAUCGCUUUUCACGAAGCAGAGCAGAUAAUAGGGGCAGCAGCAAAGUCAGGUUUAUUUCGAAACAGUGCGAUAACCGUCCUAAACAAUAAACGCCUGAUGAACAAGCAAAUAGACGAGAGUGAGUUAGAAACAGCGAUAAAAAAUAGCUCAGUACCAAUAAUAACGGAAACCGAGCUACAGUAUUCCAUAACGGUUGGCGAUAAGAUUGAAAAAAUCACACCGAAAAAGAUAUCCUCGUUGCUAUCAGGUGCCAUGUACGAUAUAUCAACGACAGCCGCUCACGAUGACGAGGAGCACAAUGUCGUACUGUGUGUACCCCACAGAUUUAAUACCGAGAGUAUUCAAGAUUGGAGUGAGUCAGCAGCUAGUGCUGGAUUCAAGGUCCUCCAGGUAAUCGCUGAACCUGUCGCCUCUUGUCUCGCUCAUGGGUUGGGAAAGAACAAGAAAGAAUCAGAGCUAGUCCUAGUCUACCGAGUAGGUGGUGUAUCGAGUGAUGUCACCCUGGUUAAAGUAUCAGGUGGUAGUUUCACGAUACAGUCGACAAAAUACUACCCAGAGCUAGGAGGUCACAAACUGACAGACCUGUUAACCUCAUACCUAGCCGAGGAGUUCUACAACAAAUACAAGAUCGAUCCAACAGAGAGUCGUAGAUCAGUAUCAAAACUGAAGAUCGAGGCUGAAAGAUGCAAACACGUUCUCUCGACAAUGUCGACAGCUCACUUAUUCGUGGAGUCCCUCUGCGAGGGUGUCGACUUCAGCCACAACAUAACAAGAGCUAGAUUUGAAAAUCUCAUAAGUCCCCACAUCUCCGACUACAUCCAACCCCUCCAAGACAUCCUCAACAGCACCAGUCACACGAUAAUGGACAUCAGAAAGAUCAUUCUGUGCGGUGGUACCAUGAAGAUACCAAAACUCCAGGAAAAAAUUGCAUCCCUCUUUCCCUGUGGCGAAGUUCUCACCUCCAGGUGGAGGCCUGACGAGACAAUGGCAAUAGGAGCUGCCAUGCACUCGUCCCUUCUUCUCUCUCAAGGAAUUCACGACAGAGAUCUCAAUUCAACUCACGUAGAACUUUGCGCCUUGAGCAGACCAAUUUGCCUCAAAUUCGAGGACAUCACGACCCUCGUCAUUCCUGACGAUACAAUCAUACCUAUCAAAAUACAAACGAUUGUCGAACUGCCUGAACUCAUCGACAACAAAAUACAAGUGAAGAUUUUUGAGGGUGUGGAAAAUGGAAACGAAAUCACUAAUCAGUUAGGACUGAUUUCUCUCAACUUGAAGAAACCCGGCAAGCUCAAGGUGGACACUGAUCUGACUGAGGCCUUCUUGAACGUCCACAUAACGGAAUUAUCAACGGGAAAAAAAUCAUCGAUUCGGUUUGAAAUUCACAAGGACGAUUCAUUGUAAAUCAAGCCGAAUGUACAUAAUCAAUAAAACUAACUAUUUGCUUCUUCGUGAA